CAAAUCGCAAAAUACUAAAAUAAUACCAAAAGCAAAAUACCAAAAACAAAAAAAAAACCGAAUCUCACAAUUAUCAAAUAGGCAUUUUGGCAACUGGCAACUGGCAAAAAUGGCGCUGUCCAAGCGGCCGCUAAGCAAGGAGACGCCCUUGGUGGAGAGCAGCAGUAAUAACAGCAACAGCAACAACAACAACAACAACAACAGCAACAACAACAGCAACAACAACAAUGAGCAUGAGACGGCCAUUAAGCGACGCAAACGCUGCAGUCGUGAUGAUGAAUUAGCUGCCAGCAACAACAAUAAUAACAACAACAACAACAAUAAUAACAACAACAACAACAACAACAACACCAACAGCAACACGAACACCAGCAACAACAACAACAACACAUUGCCACAAAAGAAGCGCCAGGUGGGCCUAAGCCUAAGCCUGGGUGUGGCCAAAACAGCAACAACAGCCGCCAGCAGCGAUAGCCCUCCGGCAGCAGCCGCAACAGCAACAGCAGCAACACAGCAAAAAGCGACAGCAACAGUUGCCGCCGUGCAGGAUGCAGCCGAUCAGGAUGAUGAGACAUUAAUACGUGAAACGCAGGCGGCGCUCAAAAGUCUAUCCGGCAGCUGGCCCGAUGCGCGCACCAAUUUGUAUCGCUUGCAGGAGCAGGAGGAUGAGAAUCCGCCGCCAUUUCAGAAUCUGUUCGAGGAGAAGCAAAAGUAUGCGUGCAACAAUGUCAGCAGCAAUUGCAACAGCUACAACAGCAACAACAACAACAACAACAACAAUCACACACAACAAAACUCACAUACACUUCUGCUACGUUUCCACAGACAAAAGGAGAACGAUCAGGCGCGCCUCAACAGCAACAACAACAACAUCAGCAACAGCAACAUCAGCAACAGCAACAGCAACAUCAACAAUAUACACAAAAAGGAUACGCUAGAUGCAGCCGCCGCCUACGCACAAGCAACAUCCGCCUUCAAGCCGCCCAUCGAUAUUAUCAAACGCAACGGCCAAUUGGCCGCCGCAGCAGCUGCCCACGCCCAUGCACAGGCCCAGGCGCACGCCCAUGCCCAGGCACAGGCCUACGCCCAUGCACAGUACACGAGCAGCGCCUACAAUGCGGCCGAAGCCUACUAUGGCUAUGCAGCUGCAGCUGCUGCCAGUCAACAGCAGCAACAACAGCAGCAGCAACAGCAGCAACAGCAGCAACAGCAGCAGCAACAUGGCCUGUGCCUGGAGCCGAGUCGCAGCUUUGACAUUGCCGCACAGCUGGGCUCGCCCACAGAGAAGGGCGUCAAGCUGCAGCAGCAGCUGUCUAAGGAAGCGCCACUGCCGCUGGUCGAUGCCAAACAGUAUACGAUAUUGCAGCCGGCGGGCGUUGGCAGUCGGGCCGCAUCCGUAAUGCAGGAUAUAGCACGUGAGGGCGUUGUCGGUGUCUCGCUGGUUGCCACGCCACCAACAACAGCAUCGUCAGUAGCAGCAUCGUCUGCAGCAGCAGCAGCAGCAGCAGCAACUUCCACGACACCAGCAGCAACUGCCACUGCUGCAGUAACUCCCACAGCAGCAGCGUCUACGCCGGCGCCCAGCUACUCGCCGGGCAGCCAGAAUCGCGUGUUGGCCUUGCACGAACAGAUACUGAAAUGCCCCACGCCCGGAUGCAACGGACGGGGCCACGUCCAGCCGCAUCGAAGCGUGCACCGCAGCCUCUCCGGCUGCCCGAGAGCGAUCCGGCGCUCGGCUAGUCGACGGUCGGGCGCAGCGCGUUAUCAGGCGGUGACUGGCGAACUGGAGAAGCAUGAGAAGGAACUGCAUCCGCUGGACAAACUCAAGAUCACCUCAAGCCACUAUCUGAACAACAACAACAGCAGCUGUAUCAACAACAACAACAACAACAACAGCAGCAACAGCAACAACAGCAACAACAAUAAUAAUAAUAAUACCAACAACAACAACAACAACAAAACGAUGCCCAUUAUCAAGUCGGAGUACAGUCCGGUCGCCAGCAUUAAAUCGGAGUACACAAAGAGCCCCAUGCACUCAUAUUUGGCCAACGAUGCCGCCUCGGCGGCCAGCAGCGCGAUACCAGCUGGCAGCGCGCGCAGCACCAACAACAACAACAAUAAUGGAGGCGGCAACAAUGCAGCCAGCGUGGCGACCAGCAAUGGUCCCACCGAGCCGCAUCUGAGCCGCUUUGUGGGCAUGCAAAGUCCACAGCCUCAUCCACACGCCCACCAUCAACAGCAGCAACAGCAACAGCAGCAGCAACAGCAGCAGCAGCAGCAACACACGAUGCAUCAGCAGCGCGGACCCUUCAUUGAGGGCAAUGCCAGCCAGAUGAUGCCUGCGGGCAAUGCCAGUGCCGGCGAUGGCAACGAUCCAGCCAGCUACCACGCGGAGCACCAACAACAACAGCAGCAGCAACAACAGGCGGAUGAACGCCAGCAGCAAUACGAGCAAAUGCGCUACGCACAGAGCCAUGGACAUGGCCUGGCGGCCAGCGAUGCUGCGGCCGAGCAACAGCAGCAGCAGCAACAGCAGCAACAGUUGCUGGCAAGCAAUCCCAGCAGCAGCGAAUUAUCGCCGGUUACAGCACGCAGCGCCUACGAGCAUCCGCAUCCGCAUCCACACACGCAUCCGCAUCCGCCCGCAACGCUCGGUACGCCCGUUUUCGCUGUGGGCGUGGGCGUUGGCAUUGGCGUCGGCGAUACAGUAACAGCCAGUACGGCAGGCUUCGAGCGCUACGAUCCCAAUUGCUGUCCCAGCGGUGGCGGUCAGCGUCAGGCGGUGGCAGCGGCAGCAGCGCCCGCCAAUAUGUACCACUAUCUGCCGCAGAGUGCGGACGAUUUGCAGGCGCAGCAGCAGAAGUAUCUGCAGGAGCAACAGCUGCUGAUGGCCAAGGCCGAGCACGAGGAGCUGACCAAUGGAGGUGGUCCCAUCUAUCCGCGGCCCAUGUAUCAUUAUGAUCCGACUAUGGGUCCGCUGCCGCCAGGCUUUUCCGCCAUUAAUUUGUCCGUGAAAAUGGCUGCAGCGCAGGCCGCAGCAGCAGCGGCUGCCUAUCAGAAUCAGCAACAGCAGCAGCAAGCGCAGCAGCAGCAGCAACAGCAGCAACAGCAGCAGCAGCAACAGCAACAACAUCACCAGCAACAACAGCAGCAGCAGCAGCAGCAACAGCAACAGCAGCAACAACAGCAGCAGCACAGCAAGCAGAGCAGCUCGCCAACGCCAAAUGUGGGCGUGGCAGCGCCAGCUGUUGACCUAUCGGGCGCCACAUCGGUGACGUCAUCCAGCCCGCACGGUUUCAACUCGCCAGCCUCGCACAACCAAUACAACCAGCGCAUGGGCAACGGCAGCCCACAGCCGGGCGCCAGCCCCAACAUAGCCAGCCCCCAAGUGCCGAGUCCGCAGGGCCAAACGCUGGACCUGAGCGUCACACGUUUACCGCACAGCAUCAUCACGAGCCCGCAGUACGGCGCCGACGGCCUUGUCGUGGGCCACGGUCAGGGCUUUGGCAGCGCAGCGCCCGGCUCAAUUGGACCGAACGGACCGCCGCGUUCACCACAAAUGGAGCCAGUUGACUUUAGCGGACCGCCGCGUCCCCUCGGCUUUGGCCUGGUGGGCCACAUUAGCGGGCCGCGGCCAUAUAGUCGCGAAUCCACGCCGGACAGCGGCGGCUCGCACUACAUUGAAACGUAUCGAGAUCCGAGCGGCUAUUCACCGCAUCCUGGCUACGGCAUGGUAGUUCAAUCAGACUAUCCACCAGCUGGCUACCAUGGCUAUGGCCCCGCCGCCUAUCAAUGCAGCAAUCCGUACGCAACGGCCGUGGGGCCGGGCGGCUAUCCGACGCCCGUAUCCGGCGGCUAUUCACCCAGUCCGGCCACCUGCUACUCGAUGCCACCGCCGCAGCAUAUACCGCAGCAUGACAAGUCCAAAGAUGGCUUGACGGGCUGCUCGCGGUCUGACCGCAACCAUCUGCAGUCGCACUCACAGGAGCUGAAGUGCCCGACGCCCGGCUGCGAUGGCUCCGGCCAUGUGACUGGCAACUACUCAUCGCAUCGCAGCCUCUCCGGCUGUCCGCGCGCCAACAAACCGAAGAGCAAGCCGCGCGAUGGCCAGGACUCUGAGCCGCUGCGCUGUCCCAUACCCGGCUGCGAUGGAUCUGGCCAUUCUACUGGCAAAUUCCUGUCACACAGAAGUGCAUCGGGCUGCCCCAUUGCCAAUCGCAACAAGAUGCGCGUACUGGAGGCCGGCGGCACCGUGGAACAGCACAAGGCCGCUGUGGCAGCUGCCACGGCCAUGAAAUUUGAUGCCUGCACCACAGUUGGCAGUCAGGGCAUCAAGAAACCAAAGUUCGAUGAGGUUACCAUGGUAUAUCCCAAGGGCUAUACAGGCGGCAGCGGCCUGGACAUAGUCAUGAGCGGCGUCGGCGUCGGCGUUGGCGUUGGCGUUGGCGUACCCUUGCCGCCUGGCAUUAACAGCAGCAGCAGCAACAACGUCGGCGGCGGCAGCGGCAGCGUUGGCGUUAACAGCGACAAAUCAGCGAGCGCCAAUGUAAAUGUGACCGGCGGCAGCGAUGAUCUAAAUACACUGGAAGCGGAAAUAUCGGAGCUGCAGCGGGAAAAUGCACGCGUCGAAUCGCAAAUGAUGCGACUCAAAUCGGAUAUAAAUGCAAUGGAAUCGCAGCUGAGCACCAGCGAUCGGGAGGCUUCUCCACUGAGCGCACAUCAGCAACAGCAGCAGCAGCAACAACAGCAGCAACAACAGCAACAGCAACAUCAACGACCCACUGCAUCAUCGUUGGCCUCGCCCAGCGGCCAGUCGCCGUUUGCCGGCGUCUCAUCCACCACCAGCAGCAGCGGCGUCGAUCUUCUGCCGAGCAGCGGCCACAUGUCCCAUGUGACAGACGGCAGCGGCGGACCACCCAAUGCCAAUCUGAACAACUACUAUGAGAGUUUGCGCAACAACGUUAUCACGCUGCUGGAGCAUGUGCGUCUGCCACCGCCGCCGCCGCCACCGUUGCCGCCAGCGGGAGCGGUGCCGGGCACUGCUGGUCUACAGGCCGGCAUGGAUAAUGGUUGUGCCGCUGGCGUUCAGCUGGGUGGCGGUGAGCAUCAUACGGCAGCGGCUGCUGCAUAUUCCACACUGUUGCCGCCACCACCGCCGCCGCCACCGCCGCCGGCAACGUCGGGCACCGCAGUUGGGACACCGAUGUACCAUGGCCAUCAGGGCAGUUUGGGUGGUGGCGCCACAGCCGGUGCGCCGCCACCGCCGCCGCCGCCACAUGCGCCACACCACGCCUAUACGGUUCAUCAUCCGGGCGGUUAUCCGCAUGGGCAUCCGCAUGCGCAUCCGCACGAGCAUUUCGACUCAUACAUCUCGAAGCUGCAGUCGCUCUGCGUGCCGCCCGAUGUGUACGCCCUGCCCGAUGAUGGCGGCCGGCCCGUCUACAACUCGGUCAAGCCGACUAUGCACCAGGACUAUGGCAAGCUAAUGCCCACGCCCAUUUAAGGCGCCGCCGUCCCUGGUUAGUAUAUGUGUGUGUGUGUUUGUGUAUAUAUAAGCGCUGAUCAUAAGAAUGAAUCAUCAAUGAAUGAC